AUGAAAAAAUUCCUCUUCGUCUUCGCUCAAGCUCAUCAUGCAUUUCGAGUACCAGAACUGAAAUCUAUCUCAGAAUUGUAUUGUCUCAAGAUCGUCAUACCAGAAGAUCAAGACCCACUUCGUCCGUUCAUGGUAAUUGAGUUGGAGAGCGAAGCUCAUGCUCGAAUACUUACUAAACGAUGCAUAUUAAUCAAGUCUAUAUACGAGUUUUAUUGUCAAGGGGAUGAUUAUGAGCACCUUCAUGAUCGUAAUCGCGAAAAUCGACACCUUUGGUCUCGAUUCAUAGCAGACACUUCAUUCAAGUUCGCUGUAUCAGCAUAUAACCACAAGAUACCGCAAGUUCGUCAAAAGGAAAUCGUGGAGAGCUUUUCAUACAUGGGCUUCCUCGGGAAGAUUGACAUGAAAACACCCGACAUCGUCAUGGGAUGCUUUGAAGAAUAUGAUGACCGCCGAGGUCAAAUACGAGACAAACAUGAAGGGGAUGGAAACUUUCGUCAAGUUUACUUUGGUAGAUUGGUAGCAGAAGGUACCGCACGGGCGUUGAUUUCUAUGUUUGACGUCAAGAAACGCACGUACUUCGGAAAUACCAGCAUGGAAUCUGAAAUCUCCUUGUUAAUGGCAAACCAGUCAUUGGCUUCACCAGGGAAAGUGAUAUACGAUCCUUUUAUGGGAACUGGGAGCAUGGCCUAUCCCACAGCGUAUUUUGGUGCUCAUGUAUAUGGUUCCGAUAUCGAUGGACGGCAAAUGCGUGGAAAAGGUGACGUUUCAGGGGUUGUUCGAGCCGCUUCCCAGUACGGUGUGGCGCAGCAGAUAUUGGAUCUGUGUACUUUCGAUAUAACUCACAAUCCUUGGAGGUGCGGAGAAUUAUUCGAUGCAAUCGUCACUGACCCUCCUUACGGUGUCCGGGCAGGUGCGAAACGGCUAGGACGUAAAAAAGAACUCGACGCAGAAAGGGUGCUGCUCUACUUUUACCACAGAGCAAAUCCUCAACCUGAUGAUACACCUUAUAUUCCACCUACACGACCGUAUGAACUAUCCAACUUGGCGCGGGAUCUAGUCUUACUGUCUCGGUAUCUUUUGAAGCCUGAUGGCCGACUUGUGUUCUUCUUGCCAACGGUAAACGAUGAGUAUGAAGAAGUAGAUGUUCACUCCAUGCUUUGCGAAGGCAUGGAGGUCAUAGCCAAUUCCCUUCAGGAUUUCGGCUCGUGGGGGCGCAGGCUCGUGACGAUCCGGAAAACCACAUCGAUUCGAUAUCCACCACCUUCAUUCGCUGCUCCGACAGAGAUGGCAGAAUCCGAACACGUCCCUGCCCACAAGGGUUUUCGUGAAAAGUAUUUUCAAGGCUUCAAAAAACCAGAUGGAAUUUAA